AUGCCAAAGCGCGUCAAGCUUUUGGAUGGAUCUCCGAGCGAAUCUGCUUCAUCGUUGUCCAUUCUGACUGAUUCCGAUGCCGAAGAGGUUUCCAGUAGCUGCGAUUCUUUCUACUCGGUUUCCUCCUUUGAAUCAGACACUACCAAUGGCUGGUGUCUUGGUCUCCCUUUCGAGAUAUGGACACGAAUUUUCCACUAUGCAGGUAUUGUCUGCAACUGUCCCGUCGAUCUCAUUGCAGUGAACCAUCGUCCGGCUGGGUCGUCUGCUGCCAAGCGUAGAAGCGACGGUUCUCACAGCAACAAAGCCUCGCGUAUCGAUACUGUGACUUGUGCGCUGCAACGUCACGAGCUGUUCAGCAAUAUCUGCCAACACUCGUCCUUUCUUCCUAUGCUGGCCGUCUCAUCGCAAGCUCGGCAUGUCACUCAAAAAGCUAUUUUCUUCCAAUCUCCUAUCUGCUUAAAGCUGCGGACCCGAGAAGAUCUAAUGGGUUUCAAGCAAACUUUACGGGGAUUUGAGCGUAUGCCUCCGCUGGAGUCCUAUCUCAAUACGGUUCACGUCAAGCUUCAGGCCUACGAUGGACGCAAACUAAAAGGUCAGGACAAGAGAAAAUCAAUCCUCAAUCUGUUCGAAGACUUUUCUAGUUUUGUCGGCUCUCAUCUCCUAGGAACAAUCAAAGACUUCGGUUUUGAAUGCCGUGUCGGUGAUUUCGAUGUAGCUCGUGAACUAGUCAAUAGAAUGGGAGAUAACUAUCGAGAACUGGAAACUUGUGGUCUACGUUUUGAGUCCUCUGGUUCCCUCACCUUACGCAAAGACCUUGUUCGCCUUGCAGUACAGACUGCUACAAAGUCUACCGCGUCAGAAGAGCGGGAGACCAAGCCCUUUCGAUUCAUGGACCUGCCCAACGAAAUCAAAGAAAUGAUCUUAAAGGAGGCAUUGAUAGCCCGCUAUGACCCUUGCGCUGGUGAGCAUCAGCCGAAUCGUGGCAUGGUUUCUCUACGGAGAAAUGGCUGCGAAAGAGUGGCAGAAUGUAGCACAGCUUGCUGUGAGGAAUGCUCACCACAUCUCAUCGGCGACUGUUUCUGUGCUCAUAAGAGUGCGUAUUCGACGUCCUGUACUUGUUUCAUGUCGCCAAUGCCAUUGUUCUUGACCAGCAAUUUCAUGUACCAGGUAGCCAGCCACAUCUUUUAUACACAAAACACAUUCUUCAUGAAAGGUGGCCAGCCAUACAUCAUGGACGAUCUUCUAACAAACGGUACACCGCGACGAAUUCUCUGGAGAAUCCGUCGCCUUCACAUCGACCUGGAUUAUCUCUGGCCUCAAGAAAAUACUAACCGCUGGGCCAGAGUCGCUGAUUCCAUCCGCAGAAACUGCGAUCUGACACGCCUGGAACUUGAUAUAUAUUGCUCCACAGUCAAUGAUAUCUUCUGUCCUGGGUUGUGCGAUAUGGUCUUUGCUGAGUUCGAAGGUAUCAGAGGCAAACGCACUCGUGUUCUAUAG